GCAAAGUGGCUCUGGGAGGGGUCGGCGCGCCGGGGCGGGUGGUUGCCUGCGGAAUCCAGCCACGGGUCAUGUGACCGGAAGGGCUCCUGACGGACGCCGUCCCUCCGCGCGGCCCGAGUGCCCGGCCCGACCCCGGCCAUGGGGUGCUGCUACAGCAGCGAGAACGAGGACUCGGACCAGGACCAAGAGGAACGGAAGCUGCUGCUGCCCAGCAGCCCCCCCACCAAAGCCCUCAAUGGAGCCGAGCCCAACUACCACAGCCUGCCCUCUGCGCGCACAGAUGAGCAGGCCCUGCUCUCCUCCAUCCUCGCCAAGACGGCCAGCAACAUCAUCGACGUGUCUGCAGCGGACUCCCAGGGCAUGGAGCAGCACGAGUACAUGGACCGGGCGAGGCAGUACAGCACCCGCCUGGCAGUGCUGAGCAGCAGCCUGACCCACUGGAAGAAGCUGCCGCCGCUGCCAUCUCUCACCAGCCAGCCCCACCAGGUGCUGGCCAGCGAGCCCAUCCCCUUCUCCGACUUGCAGCAGGAUGUCCUUUCUCACCCGAUGCCCUGUUCUCCUUGGUGUGCUGGCCCAGGUCUCCAGGAUAGCCGCGUACGCCUACAGUGCACUUUCUCAGAUCCGCGUGGACGCAAAAGAGGAGCUGGUUGUACAGUUUGGGAUCCCGUGAAGAGAGGAGGGCCGGCAUGGACAGCUCUUCUUCUCUCUCCCCGUCUCCCCCUGCCUCCCCUGGCCCCCAGCCUCACCACGGCUUCUGCAGUCCCCUAACCUGCUACUAAUCACAGAGAAGACGGUGGAGGCGGUGGAGAAGAGCGUGGCUUGAAGUCUGAGCAAGUGAGGAUGAAGCAGGGGAGGCUAGAACCAUCUUAGACUGGCCUUUGAACCCUGGCUGGGCUGGGGUGGGGUGGGGUGGGAUGGGGGUCCUCACUGUCACUGGGGAGGUGGAGGUACCGUUGCGAGGGUGGUCACUGUAGGGGGCCUGUCGGGCCCUCACCCCACCCUUUCUCUUGCCCUCACUCCUGUCCGUCUCUCCCUGACUUGGUGCUGACAUGCACCUCACUGGGGUCUGUGACCAGGGUCUAGACAAGCUUGCAUUUGAAUGAAAUGAGUUUGUAUUUCUAGCACCCUGGGUUUUUACAUGUCUGGAUUUUUUGGGGGGUGGGGGGUGUUCCGGUUUGUCACCCUCGAUAAAGGAUGUAUAUUCAUCUU